AUAAACCACAAAGAAACCCUAAGCUGCCAGCUCUUCUUUAACCUCCUGCUCGUUACUGUUUACUCCUCUUCUAGGGUUUUGUUUUUUCGUCAAUAUAUCUUUCUUCUUUAAACUCUCCGCCAUUGUCACAAAACCCAUGUAACAUUAGAUACAAUACUUUUUCUUUCUACCCAUUAACACCGUAACAUAUAAAAGAAUUUUAUUUUAAUUUUAAUUUUUUUUAAGUAUGAACAUGGAAGCGAGAGUUGGGGUGGUUGUUGAAGGAGGUCAAAGAGCCUUGAAUACUGCUCACGGAACUGUUGUCGAUGCCGGUGCCAGAAAAUUCUUGCAUUCGCAACAACAACAGCAGCAACCUCCCCAGAGCCUUAACUCGCCCAAACGGCCGUUUAAUCACCAGAAAUCGCAGAUUGGAACCGUACAGCAACUUCUUGCCGGUGGUAUUGCCGGUGCUUUUAGCAAGACCUGCACGGCGCCCCUCGCUCGUCUUACUAUUUUAUUACAGGUGCAAGGUAUGCACUCGGAUGUUGCAGCAUUGAGCAAGACUAGUAUAUGGCGUGAGGCUUCUCGUAUUGUUAAUGAAGAAGGGUUUAGAGCAUUUUGGAAGGGUAAUCUGGUGACCAUUGCGCACCGACUUCCAUACACUUCAGUCAAUUUCUAUGCUUAUGAACGUUACAAAAAUUUGUUGCAAUCAGUUAUGGGCUUGGAAGAUCAUAGGGGAAGUACAAGUGCUGAACUUUGUGUGCACUUUGUAGGUGGUGGGUUAUCAGGAAUUACUGCUGCAUCUGCUACAUAUCCACUGGAUCUUGUUAGGACACGCCUUGCAGCACAGAGACAAACGAUGUACUACAAAGGUAUUUGGCAUUCCUUCAAUACCAUUUGCAGAGAAGAAGGAUUUUUGGGCUUGUAUAAAGGACUUGGAGCAACACUAUUGGGUGUUGGACCUAGCAUAGCAAUAAGUUUUACUGUUUACGAGUCACUCAGAUCCUUCUGGCAGUCUCGAAGCCCCAAUGAUUCUACUGUCAUGGUCAGUCUUGCUUGUGGUAGUCUUUCAGGCAUUGCAUCAUCAACAGCGACAUUUCCUCUUGAUCUUGUGAGAAGAAGGAUGCAGUUGGAAGGGGCUGGUGGUCGAGCUCGUGUCUAUAAUACUGGGUUGUUUGGGACAUUUGGACACAUAAUCCGUUCUGAAGGCUUGCGAGGCUUGUAUAGAGGAAUUUUGCCAGAAUACUAUAAGGUGGUUCCAAGUGUUGGCAUAGUUUUCAUGACUUACGAGACAUUGAAGAUGCUUCUAUCAAGCAUCCCUACCAGUAAUUGAUUAUAGUCCGGUUUCCUAUAUACUGCCAUAAAUUUUUUCCAUGAGGUUAGUUAAUUGUUAGGCUUUCAACAUGAAAGAAGAAGAAAAACAAUCAGCUGGUUAAAGAUACGUCACGUAGCAGAGAUGUCCAUUAUGUGGGCAUUGGUUGAGAAUUUCCAUGGUGGUAAAUUUUGUCGUUGCCACUGCGAGGUAGCAUUUCUUUAUUCUGUUUUGUAUAGAUAGUGAAGCAUUGUGAGAGUCAUGUCAAUUGUAUUCACUUCCAACAUAUUGAAGUCUCAGGUGACCCUCUUUGGUAUUAGCAUUCAUUGUUGAUCAUGUCAACUUAAAAAGCUUUGUAACUUAAUUCAAUUACAAUGUUCGGAAGGUA